UCAGGCAAUAGUGGAGGCAGCGCAGGCCACAUCAAUGAUUGACCUAACGUAAAUUAGUUUCUUCGGCCGUUUCUUUGCGCGUUUUAUUGCCAACUGGCCACUCUGCUUGUGGGUAAGACAACAGGAUGGCCAAACGGCCAGGAGCCGACGAGGCUAUGUUAAUUUCACCAACGCUUCUUCAAGACUUCACCAAUGAAGCAAACGCCGGAGACGUUCAUAUGGAUUGCAUGGACGGAGGGGGAGACGAAUUGUCUCUGGACGAGAUUUUAAUACUUUAUAGCCAACCUAUAAAUGAAGAACAAGCAUGGGCAGUGUGUUAUCAGUGCUGUAGGUGUCUGGCGCAAAAACACCGGCGAAGAAAUUCAAAAUCAGCUGAAGCGCCCAGUGGAGACUAUGGUAGAAGGCUUGACGGCCCCGGGGAUGUUAGGAUUCUAAAAGAUGGGACCAUAAAAUUACAACAUCAAAACAAUCAAGAUACAAUCCGGCCAGCCAGCACAUCAAUUGAGAUCAUCGAGUCCCUGGGCAUCAUGAUUUACAAGGCCCUGGACUACGGCCUGAAGGAGAACGAGGAGCGUGAGCUGAGCCCACCUCUUGAGCGCCUUAUCGAUCUCAUGACUAACAUGGCCGAGAACGAGGCAGAGAAAGACCCCUGCCCCGACGAGGGCUACGAGGCCACGAGGAGGGAGGAUGAGGGCGAGGAAGAUCCGGCCGGAGUCUGCAACAUCCGAGGCUACCGUGACGUUUUGGAGCUGUGCACAUCCCACCUGCCCAGUCCCUCCGAUGCCCCCAACCACUACCAGGCCGUGUGCCGCGCUCUCUACGCAGAGACCAGGGAGCUGCGCACCUUUCUGGAGAAGAUCAAGAGUGCCAAGGAGAACCUGCGGAAGAUGGAGGGAGAUGCCCCAGACGAGCCAGCCAGGGACCUGAAUGAGCUGCAGAAUGCUGACUGGGCUCGUUUCUGGGUCCAGGUGAUGCGAGACUUGCGUCACGGGGUGAAGCUGAAAAAGGUUCAGGAGCGCCAGUACAACCCGCUGGCCAUUGAGUUCCAGCUCACACCCUACGAGAUGCUCAUGGACGACAUCCGCUCCAAACGCUACAAACUGCGGAAAGUUAUGGUGAAUGGUGACAUUCCGCCCAGGUUAAAGAAGAGUGCCCAUGAGGUCAUUCUGGAGUUCAUCCGAUCUCGCCCACCCCUUAACCCGGCCGCUGCACGCAAGCUCAAGCCCCACCCCCAGCGUCCCCGCAGUCUCCAUGAGCGCAUCUUGGAGGAGAUCAAAUCUGAGCGGAAGCUGAGGCCUGUGUCUCCUGACAUGAUGCGCCGCAGCAGGCUGGGAGCUGGCAAAAGCAUCAGCACACCGCAAGAUUUGUUCCGAAGCUCAGGUGAGACCCCAGAUGCCCCGCGGAAGAUGGCCAUCAGCACGCUCGCUCUGUCCAACGGGACGCCGCCGGCUCACAGCCCGGUGAAUGGAAUGGGUGGGUCCCAGCCGCUGGGCCAGAGGAAGAGACUGCUGAAGGCCCCCACACUAGCCGAACUGGACAGCUCCGAGUCUGAUGUGACCCAUGCUCUGACCUCCAUGUCUGCCAGCAGCUCCAGUAUGUCCACCUCCAUGGUAGAGGACACGUCACCGGAGUCCAUCACUGACAAGAAAACUCCCCCCAGGUUCCUGCCCAUCUCGUCCACCCCCCAGCCAGACAGACGACCCGCACCCCCCCCGAGAAGACACUCCAUCGAGAAGGAGACUCCCACCAGCGUUCGCCCAUUUGUGCCUCCCUCUCGACAGAGCUCCAAGUCCUUGCUGUCUUCGGAUGAACCCAAGGGGGAGGUACCCAGCGGUUCUCGAGCGGAGGAGUUCUGCUAUCCUGUGGAGUGCCUGGCCUUGACUGUGGAAGAGGUGAUGCAUAUCAGGCAGGUUCUGGUGAAGGCCGAGCUGGAGAAGUUCCAACAGUACAAAGACGUCUACACUGCCCUAAAGAAGGGAAAGCUCUGCUUCUCCUGUCGCACCAAGAAGUUCUCCCUCUUCACCUGGUCCUACAGCUGUCAGUUCUGCAAGAGGCCUGUGUGUUCUCAGUGUUGUAAGAAGAUGAGGCUUCCAUCCAAGCCCUAUGCCACCCUGCCCAUUUACUCGCUGGGCUCCCCUGCCCUACCCAAGGAGGAGGCAGCAGCCCCGGCCCAGCCAGAGAGGCCCUCGUCCAGCCACGGGCAUCGACGCAGCUUACGCAGGUUGUCUAAGCGUGGGGAGCAGUCGACCUCAAAAGACGAGAUGGAGCUACCCAAGGAGCUGACAGAGGACUGGAGCACGAUGGAUGUGUGCAUCGACUGCAAGAAGUUCAUCCACGACAUCAUUUCCUCCAGCAAGCGCAGCCUGUCUUUGGCCACCAGGCGUGCCCGUCUCAAGCGCAAGACACAGUCCUUCUACCUGGCCUCCCCCAAGGGAGCCGACUUCCACCCCACAGAGAGGACUAUCAACGAGGUUUGAGGGAGAGAACUCCUCCCCGGCUUCGCCUCGCUUCUCUCUCACACUCACACUCACACACACACACACACACACACACACACACACACACACACACACCUACACUACACUACACUAUAAACAUUGGUGGCCAUUUUAGACUAAUCACAGUAUGUAUUAUUGCGGGGUUCUGUCCUCGAUUGAUUAGUCGUGUCUGUCUGCUCUCCUGCUUAUUGUCACCCAUGGCGACGCCUCCGUGCGAGUUCCUGUUGGUAUUCAAAAUGGUUAUGGAACGUGUCUUGUUGGAGGGGACGGAGGUGUGCUCAGGCGAAGAAAGCUUUUAAUGGCAUGAACAAGGACUGGAAUGGUCAACCAGGUUGAGAAUGACCACAUCUGUUACGUUUGUAAAUAGUUACAUUACCACGUCCCCCAACCAACCCACUGCCUACCCCUCACCCCCCUGCGUCUCUCUCUCUCUCUCAUCAGAUCAAAGUGCCCGGGCUGACCAAAUGGACCAGCCCGUAUUUUAAUGAGAUGUCUCACCUUAAGCAUGGGUCCUCAGAACCCACGUCCCCCCCCCCCCCCCCUUUGUCUCAGGUAACCUUUGGUUUGGUCAGAAGCCAAAGUCGUGGACUACAGUAGCUCUUCCCAAAUGUCCCCGACGCCAGCCCAUACCAGCACACCCCACAUUCAGGAUGUGCAUGACUACUGAAUGAGAGGCCUGAUGGAAUAAGAAAAGCUUUUUUUCUGUUUUUUUUUUAAAGAAAUGGGAUCACAGAUAUUGAGGAAACGUACGAUGUUUAGGCUGUUUGAACGUGUUUAACUGCACUAGGCCUGAGAAUGUAUGUUUUUUUUUUUUUCUAAUGGGAACAUUUUGAUGGUAACUUUACUAGUGUGUAUGCAAACUAGUCAGGACCUUAACUGUACAUACUCAUAAACAUCCCUUUCCUUUUCAGCUCCUUUCUUGUGCAAGGAGGAUGGUGCAUGUACAUGGUAGAUUAAUUAGUCAGGUCUGACAGGUACUGUCUCCAUUCUACCCAAUUAAGGUUUGACCAAAUAUUACUUCAAUUUUCCCCCCUCAUUUGAUUGUCACGAUUGCUGCUUGAUUUAUUAUGAAAUUUCGGAAAUUAAGGAUAUGCGUUGAUCACAGAUUCGACUAUCUGGAUUGAAACGUGAUCCAGAUUUCCAUGUGUAUAUUAUAUAUAGUUGUUUUUUUUUUUAGAUUUUGAUUCAAGAUGAAGGCAGUGAGUUUAUUUUGUCUUUUUGAUUUUACAGACACGUUUUCUGUCAGUUACAGCACGCAUUUGUUUCUUAUAGGUUGCUUGGUGCCAAAUGUUCUCUUCACAUAUUGAAUGGUAUAUGUUUUGGGCCUGUUUUUGUAUAUAGUAAAAUCACUUGCGGAUUUGCGGAAGUGGACUUUUUUUUUAGGGUUCAUCUGUCAAGUCAUAUGUCCAGAUCAUUCUAAAUGAUCUGCAUCUCUAACAUUCAAAUAUGAAUUAUAGUAAAAAAAAUGAGUAUAUUAUCUUAAUAUUAUUAUUUGUACCAAUAUGUUCAUGAAAGUAAUUGAUGCGAUGUAUUUCAUUUUUAAGUAAUGCACUAUUUUUUGACAGAAUAAUCAUCAUACAGCACUUUUACAGAAGAGCGGAACUUGUAGUUAAUUUUUAAAUGCAUAUUUAAAGUCAUCUGCUUUUUUUUCUGGUUUUGUUUUAUACUUUGAGGUCAAACUGGUCAAGAUGGUGCCAUAGAUUCAGAAUUCUGCACUCAGAAUACUUUUUCUUGAAUUUUCCAUACUUUUUAAAAUGUAAUUGGCCACCCCUUUCCAUUAACAGGGUAGCAAGUUUUUGCUCAAUCUGCUGUCGGCAAAUACUCAACAUUUGUUUUAAGGGUCCAAAUGAAUCAUUUUUUAUUUAAAGAAGAAAAUACUGCCUGUAAUUUGUUAGUGAUCAGGAAGCCUUGUGUGGUCCCUCAUAGUUUUGAGAAAUGAGAAUGAGGUUUAAAGCGUUUGCAAAUCCACAUUGACUUCCUGUUAUGAAUAAUUAUGUGCAUGUAAAAAAUGUGGCUGUAAUUUGUUUUCUCUAUUAUUAUUUUUUUUUUUUUUAAAUUGGAAAAAUACAAUAAAACGAUGAAAGUAGUGUUGAAAUUUCAA